AUGCUUUUACAAUUUUUGUUGCUAAGCCUCUGUGUAUCAGUUGCUACGGCAAAGGUUAUUACGGGCAUUUUCGAUAGUUUUAAUUCGUUAACUUGGACCAAUGCUGCUUCUUAUUCAUAUAGAGGUCCAGCUAAUCCUACUUGGACCGCUGUAAUAGGAUGGUCUUUAGAUGGAGCUACUGCUAGUGCUGGUGACACAUUCACGUUAGACAUGCCAUGUGUUUUCAAAUUUAUUACUGAUCAAACGUCAAUUGAUUUAGUUGCUGAUGGUCGUACUUAUGCUACUUGUAAUUUGAACUCUGCCGAAGAGUUUACUACUUUUUCUAGUGUGUCAUGUACUGUGACUACUACAAUGACUGCUGACACCAAAGCCAUAGGAACUGUAACAUUACCUUUCUCAUUCAGUGUGGGGGGAUCAGGUUCAGAUGUUGAUUUGGCAAAUUCUCAAUGUUUUACUGCAGGAAUCAAUACAGUUACUUUUAAUGAUGGUGACACUAGCAUUUCCACAACAGUUGAUUUUGAAAAAUCAACCGUGGCCUCCAGCGAUCGUAUCUUGUUGUCAAGAAUUUUACCCAGUCUUUCACAAGCAGUAAGUCUUUUUCUUCCCCAAGAAUGUGCAAAUGGUUAUACUUCUGGUACAAUGGGAUUUUCAACUGCUGGUACUGGUGCUACUAUAGAUUGUUCCACAGUUCAUGUCGGGAUAUCAAAUGGGUUGAAUGAUUGGAAUUAUCCAAUUUCACUGGAAUCUUUUUCUUACACAAAGACCUGUACAUCAACAAGUGUUUUAGUAACAUAUCAGAAUGUUCCUGCCGGAUAUCGUCCAUUUGUCGAUGCUUAUGUUUCUGCAACACGAGUCAGCUCAUAUGCUAUGAGAUACACUAAUAUAUAUGCUUGUGUUGGUGCGGCUUCUGUUGAUGACUCAUUUACUCAUACUUGGCUGGGAUAUAGUAAUAGUCAAGCUGGUUCUAAUGGUAUUACCAUUGUGGUAACAACUAGAACAGUUACAGACAGUACCACUGCUGUGACUACUUUACCAUUCAAUUCCGAAUCUGACAAAACCAAAACAAUCGAAAUUUUACAACCUAUUCCAACAACUACCAUUACAACUUCAUAUGUUGGUGUGACAACUUCCUACCUGACUAAGACUGCACCAAUUGGUGAAACAGCUACUGUUAUUGUUGAUGUGCCAUAUCAUACUACCACAACUGUUACCAGUGAAUGGACAGGAACAAUCACUACCACUACAACUCGUACCAAUCCAACUGAUUCUAUAGAUACUGUCGUUGUGCAAGUUCCACUGCCAAAUCCAACUGUCACUACAACCGAGUAUUGGUCUCAGUCAUAUGCUACUACUACUACUGUUACUGCUCCUCCAGGUGGUACUGACUCAGUAAUUAUCAGAGAGCCACCAAAUCCAACUGUCACUACAACCGAGUAUUGGUCUCAGUCAUAUGCUACUACUACUACUGUUACUGCUCCUCCAGGUGGUACUGACUCAGUGAUUAUCAGAGAACCUCCAAACCCAACUGUAACCACCACCGAGUAUUGGUCACAAUCUUAUGCUACAACUACUACAGUCACUGCUCCUCCAGGUGGUACUGACUCAGUAAUUAUCAGAGAACCACCAAAUCCAACUGUCACCACCACCGAGUAUUGGUCACAAUCUUAUGCUACUACUACUACAGUUACUGCUCCUCCAGGAGGCACUGACUCAGUAAUUAUCAGAGAACCUCCAAACCCAACUGUCACCACCACCGAGUAUUGGUCCCAAUCUUACGCAACCACAACUACUGUGACUGCUCCGCCGGGUGGUACUGACUCAGUAAUUAUCAGAGAACCACCAAAUCCAACUGUCACUACAACCGAGUAUUGGUCUCAAUCCUUUGCUACUACUACUACUGUUACUGCUCCUCCAGGUGGUACUGACUCAGUGAUUAUCAGAGAACCUCCAAACCCAACUGUAACCACCACUGAAUAUUGGUCACAGUCCUUUGCUACUACUACUACAGUUACUGCUCCUCCAGGUGGUACUGACUCAGUGAUUAUCAGAGAACCUCCAAACCCAACUGUCACCACCACUGAAUAUUGGUCCCAAUCUUACGCAACCACAACUACUGUGACUGCUCCGCCGGGUGGUACUGACUCAGUAAUUAUCAGAGAGCCACCAAACCCAACUGUCACCACCACUGAAUAUUGGUCUCAAUCCUUUGCUACUACUACUACUGUUACUGCUCCUCCAGGUGGUACUGACUCAGUGAUUAUCAGAGAACCUCCAAACCCAACUGUAACCACCACUGAAUAUUGGUCACAGUCCUUUGCUACUACUACUACAGUCACCGCUCCUCCAGGAGGCACUGACUCAGUGAUUAUCAGAGAACCCCCAAACCCAACUGUAACCACCACCGAGUAUUGGUCACAGUCGUACGCAACUACAACUACUGUAACUGCCCCUCCAGGUGGUACUGACACUGUGAUUAUUAGAGAGCCACCAAACUACACGGUCACUACUACUGAAUACUGGUCACAAUCAUAUGCUACAACCACUACAGUCACUGGUCCACCAGGAGGUACCGAUACUGUUAUUAUUAGGGAGCCACCAAAUCCAACUGUAACCACUACUGAAUACUGGUCUCAAUCGUACGCUACCACCACCACUGUUACUAGUCCACCGGGAGGCACUGAUAUCGUUAUCAUUAGAGAACCUCCAAACCCAACUGUCACCACCACCGAGUAUUGGUCACAAUCUUAUGCUACUACUACUACAGUUACUGCUCCUCCAGGAGGCACUGACUCAGUAAUUAUCAGAGAACCUCCAAACCCAACUGUCACCACCACCGAGUAUUGGUCCCAAUCUUACGCAACCACAACUACUGUGACUGCUCCGCCGGGUGGUACUGACUCAGUAAUUAUCAGAGAACCUCCAAACCCAACUGUCACCACCACCGAGUAUUGGUCCCAAUCUUACGCAACCACAACUACUGUGACUGCUCCGCCGGGUGGUACUGACUCAGUGAUUAUCAGAGAACCUCCAAACCCAACUGUAACCACCACUGAAUAUUGGUCACAGUCCUUUGCUACUACUACUACAGUCACCGCUCCUCCAGGAGGCACUGACUCAGUGAUUAUCAGAGAACCCCCAAACCCAACUGUAACCACCACCGAGUAUUGGUCACAGUCGUACGCAACUACAACUACUGUAACUGCCCCUCCAGGUGGUACUGACACUGUGAUUAUUAGAGAGCCACCAAACUACACGGUCACUACUACUGAAUACUGGUCACAAUCAUAUGCUACAACCACUACAGUCACUGGUCCACCAGGAGGUACCGAUACUGUUAUUAUUAGGGAGCCACCAAAUCCAACUGUAACCACUACUGAAUACUGGUCUCAAUCGUACGCUACCACCACCACUGUUACUAGUCCACCGGGAGGCACUGAUAUCGUUAUCAUUAGAGAACCUCCAAACCCAACUGUCACCACCACUGAAUAUUGGUCACAGUCCUUUGCUACUACUACUACAGUUACUGCUCCUCCAGGUGGUACUGACUCAGUAAUUAUCAGAGAACCUCCAAAUCCAACUGUCACCACCACCGAGUAUUGGUCUCAAUCUUAUGCUACUACUACUACAGUUACUGCUCCUCCAGGAGGCACUGACUCAGUAAUUAUCAGAGAACCUCCAAACCCAACUGUCACCACCACCGAGUAUUGGUCCCAAUCUUACGCAACCACAACUACUGUGACUGCUCCGCCGGGUGGUACUGACACUGUAAUUAUUAGAGAACCUCCAAACCCAACAGUUACAACAACUGAGUACUGGUCACAAUCCUAUGCUACUACUACUACAGUCACUGCUCCUCCAGGUGGUACUGACUCAGUAAUUAUCAGAGAACCCCCAAACCCAACUGUCACCACCACUGAAUAUUGGUCCCAAUCUUACGCAACCACAACUACUGUGACUGCUCCACCAGGUGGCACUGACACUGUGAUUAUUAGAGAGCCACCUAAUUAUACUGUCACCACAACUGAAUACUGGUCUCAAUCGUACGCUACCACCACCACUGUUACUGCCCCUCCAGGUGGCACUGAUACUGUUAUCAUUAGAGAACCUCCAAGCCCAACAGUUACAACAACCGAGUACUGGUCACAAUCUUACGCAACCACAACUACCGUGACUGCUCCUCCAGGAGGUACCGCUACUGUGAUCAUAAAAGAGCCACCUAAUUACACUGUAACCACUACUGAAUACUGGUCUCAGUCCUAUGCUACGACCACCACUAUUACUGCACCACCGGGAGGCACUGACACGGUUAUCAUCAGAGAACCUCCAAAUUACACGGUUACCACAACUGAAUACUGGUCUCAAUCAUAUGCAACCACCACUACUGUUACUGCACCACCAGGUGGCACUGACACUGUGAUUAUUAGGGAGCCACCAAACUAUACUGUCACCACUACUGAAUAUUGGUCUCAAUCAUAUGCUACUACAACUACUGUGACUGGUCCACCGGGAGGCACUGAUACCGUUAUCAUUAGGGAGCCACCAAGUCCAACAGUUACAACAACCGAGUACUGGUCCCAGUCAUAUGCUACUACUACAACUGUGACUGCUCCUCCAGGAGGUACUGCUACUGUUAUCAUAAGAGAGCCACCUAAUUACACUGUAACCACUACUGAAUACUGGUCUCAGUCCUAUGCUACGACCACCACUAUUACUGCACCACCGGGAGGCACUGACACGGUUAUCAUCAGAGAACCUCCAAAUUACACGGUUACCACAACUGAAUACUGGUCUCAAUCGUACGCUACCACCACCACUGUUACUGGUCCACCGGGAGGCACUGAUACCGUUAUCAUUAGAGAGCCACCAAAUUACACGGUUACUACAACUGAAUAUUGGUCCCAAUCUUAUGCUACGACCACCACUGUUACUGGUCCACCGGGAGGCACUGACACCGUUAUCAUUAGAGAGCCACCAAAUUACACGGUUACUACAACUGAAUAUUGGUCCCAAUCUUAUGCUACGACCACCACUGUUACUGGUCCACCGGGAGGCACUGACACUGUGAUUAUUAGAGAACCUCCAAACCCAACAGUUACAACAACUGAGUACUGGUCACAAUCUUAUGCAACUACUUUGACCAUCACUGCCCCACCAGGUGGCACCAAUAGUGUCAUUAUCCGAGUCCAUUCCAGUACUAAUGAUGAAUCAAGUGAGUCCACAUUUUCAACAUUGUCUGUUCCCUCGUUCUCAGGUUCAAUAAGUAUUGUUUCCACAGUUUCUCGUCCACAUUAUGUGAACUCUACAGUUACCCACUUACCUAGUUCCCUGUCAAAACCAGUAGAUAUUCCUUCUAGUGAUGUUGUAACAUCUACUAAUGACAAUAGUUUGACUUCUUUGACUGGUUCUGAAAAUGGUAAAACAAGCGUGGCAAUAUCUACAACAUUCUGUGAUGAUGAAAAUGGUUGUCAAACUUCUAUUCCACAAGGUUCUGUUGUUAGAACUACAGCAACAACAACAGCAACAACCACAACAAUUAUUGGUGAUAAUAAUGGAUCAGGUAAGUCAAAGUCUGGUGAGUUAUCUUCUACUGGUUCUGUGACAACUAAUACAGCAACACCAGAUGUUCCAUCAACUAAAGUACCUUCGAAUCCAGGGGCACCAGGUACUGGUGUUCCACCACCUUUAGCACCAUCGACAGAAACACAAACUACCAAUAAUGUACCAGGCUCACCAAAUAUCCCUGCCACUGGAACAACUGAUAUUAUUAGAGAAUCAACUACUGUUUCACACACAGUGACCGGGAAUGGAAAUACUGGCGUUCCAAUGAAUCCAAACCCUGUGUUGACAACAAGCACUUCAUUGACUGGAGCAACGAAUUCUGCAACUAACCCAUCUCAUGAAACAAGUGUUAAUACAGGAUCAGGAGGCUCAACUAAUAUUGUCACUCCACCUUCUUCUGCAACUGCGACAGUGGUUAUUCCAGGAACUGAUAAUGGUGCUACUACCAAGGGUCAAGAUACAGCUGGUGGCGGCAACUCUAAUGGAUCUACUGCUACCACCAAUAUACAAGGUGGCAAUAAUGAACCAGGAAAUCAACCAGGUACUAAUACAACUGGAGAACCUGUUGGUACUACUGAUACCCAAAGUGUUGAAUCAAUUUCUCAACCAACUACAUUAAGUCAACAAACAACAAGUUCCUUAAUCAGCACGCCUUUGGCUUCUACAUUUGAUGGUUCUGGUUCUAUUGUCCAACAUUCGGGUUGGUUGUAUGUGUUACUUACUGCUAUUUCUAUAUUCUUUUAG